AUGAACUUGACCAAGAACACCAUCACCCAGACAUCAUCCCGUCUGCUGCGCACAUCGGAUGAUGAUCAACCGCAUUCCAGGGACCUCAAAGACCUCUUCUCCGCCCUCAUCGUCAGCCUCCUCCCCCUCGAGCCCCAUCGCGUCCGCUUCGUCAAGUUCGAACACACAUUCCUCUCCGAAGAUGCCAUCCGCAACCUCGGCAACCUCAAGCUCACACAGUCGAAUCGCAUGCCCGAUCCCGACAACCCGUCAUGCAGCGUCACCUCCACCUCCACCACCACAUUCUCCAUGAGCAAGGAUACGGCACGGUCUCUAUGUCAGCGAUUUGUCGACGCCCGCUUUAUCGAGGCAGCGGAUGGGAAGCCGGACCAGAUCUUUGCGCAUCGAGGAGGAGUGUGGAAGCCAACGUCCAAGGGAACUACGAUAUUUGACUGGUUCUGCCAAAAGAAUGGCAUCAACCACGAUCAGCUGUUCGAUCUAAGGAGCCUGAUCACUGGACCCCUCCUCUACCUGGAGAGAGAUGUGAAAACGGACAAGCCACACGUCGACCGCGCCACCACCGAAGUCGUCUUCUGCCGAAUGAUGGGCAUCGAUGGACGGGGGAAGAAGGGACCUCUGGCGCUGGCAAGGCAGGAAUCCGCAACGGGCAUCAGGUUGACGCAUGAGCGCAAGAUCGGCGGUCGCACAUACCACGACACUUGCACGGGUCAACAGAUUUCCGACUGGCUACGAGACAAGGCGACAUGUGCGGACUUGAAGGAGGCUAUAAACAUGGCGUCGCAUUUUGUGCACUACAACCUCAUCGAGUCGGUUGCUACGGACAUGGCCUACAUGAACCAGUAUGUGGCCUGCAAGCUGUUCCAACCAACACAUCUCGCCGUCUACACCCUCUCGCAACGUGGUCAAGACUUGAUCGAGAACAGCUCCUCAAGUCGAUGCUCAUCCCAAGGCAAGACGGACUCGUCAACGUCAAAGGGUGGUGUCACGGAAAGCAACCGCCUCAAGCUGGAAAAGAUUCUCCAAGAUCCUACCCUCCGCCUUCUUUUCCGCGAGAAUCUCCGAUCAACGUACUGUGAAGAGACGCUAGCUUUCUACGAGCAAGCCGACGAGUUUAUCGAAGAGUCCAAGACGACAUUGGAGGGUGUCAAAAAGGGAGACAAGGCGGCAGAUGAAAACGCCAACGAGCUUCUCUCGCAGUCGCACAUCAUCUUCAACACCUUCGUCGCACCUGGCUCACCACGCGAGGUCAACAUCAACCAUCAGCUUCGCCUAAGUCUGUCCGACAGGAUGACCAAGGCGCAAGCCCAGGAUUCCACACAAGCCGACAUGUUGAAGGAGGUGACGUCCCUUUUGGAGAGCGCUCAAAACGCCGUCUUCAAGCUGAUGGCCAGCGACUCUAUUCCCAAGUUCCUUAAUAACCCAGCAGUGGAGGAUCAACUGGUGCAAGCAGGUGUUCGAUGA